GCGAUGUGAUCCUGACUGAGGUGAAGUAAUUCACCGAGAGGACUGGGCGUUACCAGCGGUUAUAAAUACAGGAGCCGGUGUAAGUUUUGUUUCUGAUCGCCGCAACUACGAAGAAGUGGAUGCAUCUCUAACCGCCAUGACUGAGGUAAAGUGAUAUUGUUUGUUACUUUCCCGUAUUAUUCACUGUUUAGCAGCAUUUAGCUAAUCAAUAUGGCCUGUCAUUUCCAAAGAAGGAGAAAAUGUAGGGAAAUUUAGCCUAGCUGUAAAUUCAACCUGUUUGGACGUGUUGGAUAUUGUGUUUGCCUCUACUGUCUCAUGUUUUUUUUUUUCAUGAUUUCCUUAAUUGAUUCGAUGUACAUUUUCCUCUUUCGGAUUUCAACUAGUCCACCAGAUGGGAACUUUUCUAAACUUUUACUGUUAAGAGUUUUGGAGUCUUUUUGUAAACGUAUCUAUCAAUUGGUGUAAUUUUUCUCUAAAAAGGUUACCUUGGACUACAAUGAACUAUGGCCAGUGCUCAAUAUAAUAGAACAUGUUUCCCCCUUGUCUUAUUAAAUUUCAUUUUUUAACAAAACCAAAAAGCAAUCUAAUUCCCUCGGAUCUACUUCAGACUAAGGCAGUGGCCUUGUUUCCAGAUGAAGAUACAGGACAGAUGGUUUGAUUGGCCUGAGGAGUUUAGAGAGCAUAUUACAGUCUUUGUGAGCUUCCUUAUACUUGUAAUGUUGAUCAUAUUGAAAAACCCUCACUCUACAGCUCUGAGGGGAGGAAGUUCACCUCAUCCUGUGGGACCUCAAAGGCUACUAACAGGUUCUGGUCAGACUCCUUAACUUUGGUGGCACGACAUGCACCCAGGUGUGGAUCUAAGGGGUGGCCUUACUAUCUGAUAAACCACUUUAUCAGCCACCUUUAGAAUAGAGGCGGGACAUGUGUUAUAGUAAGCUAUUUCAGCUGUGUUGCAAAUUAACCAUGGACCAGCAUGGGAUUGUGAUGAUAGAAUACUUGGAGCAUACAAUAAACUUUAAAGCUACUAUCAGUGGUUUUGGGACCAUGACUUGUCAAACCAUGGCAUACCUGGAAACUGGUAUAACCAGUUACAACAAGCUGCCAGUGGCUUCUGGUAUUUUGCUGUGGCACUUCUUUAUUUGGUACUAUUGAAUUUGACUUUAGACAUUAUCUUCUUAAAGAUUUGACACUUUUAAGAAGAUUAGUUAUACAGGAAUGUAACACCUUGUGGACACUAAAAAAAUAAUUGUCAAUGUAGUCAGUCUAGAUAGAAUGGAUUACUAUGUUCAUUUAUGUGUGAAGACUUGAAUGAUGCACGAUGCCAACCCUGCAAUAGAGCCCAAGUUUGGCUACUCCAGCCUAAAAAGCGUGGCUCCACCCUUGCUGUACCAUCACCAUGUUCCUUAAAAGGAUAUUCCGGUGUAAAAUUAAGUUAAGCUGAGCACUCAGUUGAUGUCUGACCGGCGCGUCAGAGCGCAGCAGAAAACGCUUUAUGUGUGAACAGCCAAGCGCGCGCGUCGGCCUCCUGUGUGAACCAGGCGUUAGACACCCUGUCAAGAGAUUAAUGUUGCUGACCGCUUGCUUCUCUAGUUAUACCAACUUUACUAACGACCUCACGACAGCAAUACACAGCAGUCUCAGAAGCCACGUGCUCAACCAAAAAGCCACUCUAUAGCCACAAAUAAUGCUCAGAACAGCACCUAACUUCAUCAACAGUACAUAUAGGGUCCCAGCCAUAGUACUAGCCACUGAACAGAUUUUUAGCUUUGCCUAAUUUCUUUAGCAAAGAGACUUAACACAACUCACCUACUCUCCUCCAGCAGCUGCUUGGUUGUACGGAGACCUCACACGAGUCCAUCACCAACUGCAGCAGGGUGACGCAGCUCAAGGACGAAUAUUUAUGAUCAUUACAUUAUCAUUUCCUUGAAGUAAUAAUCAUAAUAAUAAUUAUUUUUUUCCACUGCAGACGCAGUAGUUCUUCUGCCUUAGCAUCUCGGUCUGAUUACAUUUCCAUGAAAAUUGAUCAUAAAUGUUAUUCCUUGAGCUGCGUCACCUCACUGUAGUCCGUAAUGGACUCAUCCCUGGAGGUCUCUGGACGAACAAGCAGCUGCUGGAAGAGAGUAGGUGAGUUGUGUUUGGUCUCUUUGCUAAAGAAACCAGGCAAAGCUAAAAAUAUGUUUGGCGGCUAAUGCUGUGGCUGGGACCCUAUAUGUCCUGUUGAUGAAGUUAGGUGCUGUUCUGAGCCAUAGACUGUAUAUAGAAUGGACAGCGUCUGCCUCCUUUCUGGAUGAAGCCACUCUGAGAAAACUGAGGGCAGUUUACAUACAGUACAUAAAUUUUUCUCCCCCUUGAUUGCGAUGUUGACAUGAAGUUACAGUAAGACUGGUUUGUGCUCAAGUGCUCUUUUUUCUGUACGGCUCUGUUUUUUAAAGUUAUUAGGGGGUUCAUGUUUUCUUUGAUUGACAAAAUUCGCCAAUACUAAUGAGCAUCUUAUCUAUGAGAUAAAAUAAAGUGUAUGUUUGGAGUCCCUCAGCCUCAAGGCUUUGAGUUUGUCACAAUUUAAAGUUUUUUCUCCAAUGUUUUUGGAAUUUUCUUUUCUUUAGAGCCAGGAAGGAUGAGCUCCAAGACAAAGAAAAAAUCCCGGUAAGAUGAUUUUCUCCUUUUUUACUAAAAGACUCCCUGUGUGUUGAUUUCCAUUUUAACUUUAUGCUAUCUGACCCUCUCACAUUGUUUAGGACGUCCUUCGGGGCAACGGCACCGCCCUUCAUUGACUACCUGAAAGAUAUUCUGCGUCGAUAUCCAGAUGGUGGACAGAUUUUGAAGGUCAGUGUCAUGAUCUGAAAAAUACUGAUGAUUACUCACUAUACUAUACUUCAUAUGCUUUUGUAUAUUGUGUACAUUCUACAGAACUACAAAAACCCAGAGGCACCGAAUUUAGAAAAUGUCUUGUCAUCUGAAAUCUUGAAAAUGGUUCCUGGUACGUGUUAGAGCAGGCAAAACAUUAAAUUUUCAAAAGUUCUUCACACAAACUGUAAAUAAGGCUGGAAAUUAUUUUAAUGUUUCUUUUGUUUGUUUGUUUUUGAGGAUGAUAUCUAGGGAUAAAAGAUAUGUAACAUUUGUUUUUUUAAAAAUUUGUCACUCAUUUGUGUUUUUUUUUUUUUUUUUUUUUUUAUGUUAUACUGAUUUUGGCCACUAGAGGGUGAGGUGUACCACUGCCCAUGAGAUGACUACAGAUGGAUCCAUCAGUGUUUUCCUUCUCCCCCUUGUUAGACUUUGUAUGAUUUAUGCUUUUGUGGUACACCCAUUAUGGAUCUGUAACAAGAUGCUUUUGUAUAAAUGUAGUUGAAUUCAAAAACACAGGUUGUUUUUUGAUUGUUUUUGUUUUUGGACAUGGAUCAAAAAAAAAAGGAAAAAAAAAGCCCAGUGAUAUUUUUUUGACACGUGAAAAACACACGAGAUAAUACCUCACAGUGAACUUAUCUAUUAACUUGAAAGCUUUAGUUGUGUAUAUACACUGGGUGGGCGUGAUAUUUAUCUUCUGGCUUUUGAGCUACAUUCAUGGUUGUUGUUUUUAAUUUUCAACAGGAGCUUAUUCAAAAUGCAGAUGAUGCCAAAGCCACAAAAGUGGUUUUCAUCCAUGAUGAGAGGAGCUAUGGGACAGACAGCCUUUGUACCGAAGGGUUGGGAGAAUACCAAGGUAUGAAAAACGUUAAAAGAAAAGCAGUGUAUGAGCACGGUUUUCAACUUCAAUCAAAUGCGUUUUCAGCAAAAAUAAUGGUACUAAAGAGGACAAUUGUCAAAGUUUUUGUCUCAUUACCAAGUGAAAACAGUUUUUUUCCUGACAAUAAGAGACCAUUGGGGUGACCAAAUACACCCACUGGCCACUUUAUUAGGUACACCUUGCUAGUAUCAGGUUACACCCUCUGACUACACCCCCAAAGCGGCCAGUGAGUGUAUAGGUCAUUUGAUUAUCAAGGCCGUAACAGUUUCAAUAACCCACAGUCUAUUGGUUGGUGGCUCUGGUAUAGGGAGUUAUUGCUGAGGGUGUUUUCAUUUUUCAUCAUACAUCUCAUUCACCAUAACAAAUUUUUUAGUUGUGUGUCUGUUAAUAAUUUGAUUCUUGCUCAGUGUUGUAUACUGAGAAAGGGGCAGUCAUCCACUUAUAUCACCCGGUCAACUGAAGCUUGUCUAAAAUGUACACAUAAACAUACUAACUGAUGUGUCCACUAGAUGUCUCAUGCACUUUCUGUAGCUCAUUUAUGUCUCUUCACUCUUAAAGGUCCUGCUCUGUAUGCCUACAAUGAUGCAGCAUUCAGUGAUGACGACUGGGAGGGGAUUCAGAGGGCAGGGAGGAGUGUGAAGCGUGAUGACCCAAACAAAGUUGGACGGUUUGGGAUUGGUUUCAACUCCAUUUACCACAUAACAGGUAAAACUAAUUAAAAAAAAUACAUAUCCAGCAGUUUCUGUUAAUCCUUUGGUCUUUAGAGAACAUGUUUGGGGAAUACAUGGGAAAAUAUCUGUUUCAAUUUUGCAGAUGUGCCAAGCAUAUUCAGUUCAGAGUACCUUGGCUUCAUGGACCCUCAAGAAAAAAUAUUUGGAGAGAAGAAUGGUGGUUUCCGUUGGUCUUUGGAUGAUGAAGAGCACCAAGAAGCCCUUGUGACCAUACGUGAUCAGUUUCAACCUCAUCGAGAUAUAGUUUCCUUUGUCAGUGGACAAGAAUGGUCAAAAGUCAUCAAAGAGGAUCAGUACUUUGAAGGAACUGUUUUCAGGUUCCCAUUGCGCAACAAAGCAUCAGAGAUUUCAGACAAUCUGUACGACUCCAAGAAGGUGGUUGAGCUUUUCGAUAGCUUCAUCGUAGAUGCAGAAUUAAGCCUCCUCUUCUUGAAAAAUGUGACCUCAGUUUCUUUGGUGCACAUCACUGAACAUGGCACUGCAAACACCAGACUUGAAGUAAAAUCCUCAGUCCCCUCAGGUGUCAGUUUAGAGUCAGAAGACAAGUCAGUUGUUCAAAGUUUGACGAGGUUCAAACUUAUCACCGUCAACUCAGAAGAACACAAAGAAUCCAAAUGGCUGCUGACGACAUGCACCAUGAAAGACGGCAAUGUAGAAGAUCUCGAUUCUCUUGCAGAAAAGUUGAAAUUUUUUCCCCAAGUGGACCUGGCAUUCCCUUGUGGUGAGAAGAGGGACAGUUGUGAGAGCAGACUGAGUUGCUUUCUACCUCUUCCAAACAAUGAAUCCAACAAGACAGGACUCCCAGUUUAUAUCAACGCCUGCUUUGGCCUCACAGACAACAGAAGACACAUCAAGUGGCAAGAGGAAGACCAGAAACAUGAUGAACAUGCUGUGUGGAAUGAGCUGCUGAUGAAGGAGGUGCUCCCAGAGGCAUAUGUCAUGAUGAUCCAGGAUGCUAUCAGACUUGCUCAGAAAUCUACCCUGCCUGUUUCUUCCGUGUACAGGCUGUGGCCUGAUAUUGCAGAGAUAAAGCACCGUGAAAAAUGGUAUGCAGUUGCACUGGAUGUUCUUCGUCACUUAUUCCAAGAGAAUGUGGCCCUCUUGUCUCUAGCCAAAGACGAAAAAAAGUUCAUCACCCCAUCAGAAGCCGUGUUCCCCUGUAAUGGUCCAACAAGCUCUGACACACUGGAAGCUAUUAGGAAAACACUAGUAUCCUGUGGGGAGAAUCUUGUCACAUUGCCCACCAAUGUUGCAAAAGCAAUUAAUGAGGCAUACCCACACCUGAGCACACUCAAACACGUGACCCCAACUUUACUAAGGAAUGUACUCCGCAGAUUUGGUGUGCACACCAUCGCCAAAGAGGACAAAUUCUGCCUUUUGGAGUUCGUGUUGAGUGACGGAAACUACAGGGAGCUUGCAGGUCUUGAGUUGCUCCCCCUCAGUGAUGGUACUUUCAGAUGUUUCACUGAAAAAGAGGAAGAUGUCGCUUUGGUUGACAGCAGUUCGUUUCCAAGGUAGGGUUUUCAUUUUUUAUCCUUUUGAUUUCUGCUAAACCUUUGUCUGUUUCUUAUUGUGUUUUUAUUUUUUUUAUUUAACUGUGAACAUGUAUUGUUUUAUUUGGUUUCUGCUGUGUGGUUUUGUUAACCUUGUCAACGUCACUAGAUGAUUGACAGCUUCCUUAGGAUUAUUGAUAUUAAUUCUGUAGAUGUAGUCACCGGUGGGUUUCACAAGCUGUUCAAGUAAACGAUUAAUGUUGUUCCAAUUUUGAUGCACACCCUUUUGCUAAGUAAGUAGAGCCUCAAACUGUCUUGAAUUAAAAUGUUAAUAAUCUCCUGGAAACAGUGUUGUAGUGAACACAUUUGUUGGUUUUAGUCAUCUCUCAGAAAUUUUACAAACCAAAGACAGUGCUAUAGAUCGAGUAUAGCGUUCUGAAAUGACUGUAUUAUAAUCAAACAAGUUUUAUCCAUAACUCCAUAUUCAAUGUGAUUUUUUGGACUCCAUACUUAAUUUCCUAACACAAAUGACAAAUGUUUCUGUGCUUAAGUGAGUUCUGUAAGGCUAUCAUUUUGCCAGUUUAUGUAUGGAUGUUUGAAUUUGGUUUGUACUGGCCAACACUCGCUUGUCAUUUCAAGAAUUUUGUAAUAGAUUAGUUUUUUUAAUGGUUUACAUUAAAACUGUGUCUGUUCUGGUGCUUGAGUGUUGCAAAAACUGUAUCAAAUGUAGUUUUUUUAUGCUUGCACAACUUACCAGUUUCUUUUUUUGUGCAGAGCCCUGCUGCCGUGCUGCAAGAAUCUCUUCAUCCCUGAAGAUCUCAGUCCAGCUUGCAGAGACCACUUGAGAGAACUGGCCAAGAAAAGUAAGGCUUGUACAAUAUGGAAGAUAGUCAGUAUAGAUUAAAUUUAUGUUCUGGUUUCACAUAUCCAUAAAGUUGAUGAUUAAUGCUUUUAUUUUCACAAAUCUCUUUCAGAGUUCUUCAAAGUCAUCAAUGUUGAUGCAAACAAGGUGGCUGAAUAUAUGAGGAGCUAUUUGCCACCUGACUGGAAACAGAAGAGAGCAGGGCUUGUUACCUGGGACCCCAGCAGCAGUCAUCAUCCACCUUUAGACUGGCUCCAAGAAUUCUGGAAUUUUCUUAACGCUCACUUCACAGAGUCAAGUAAUUUCACUGACAUGCCCUUAAUACCGGUUAGUCCCUUGUGUUAUGGUCAGCCUGUAUUUCUUGCGAGACUAAAGCAAAACACAACCCUCAUUUUUGAGAGAAACAAACACAUGAAUUUGCCAGAACAGAUAGCUCAGUUGGUGAACAAAGUUGGUGGCACAGUGGUAAAAGGGAAUGAGUGGCUCAAACAUGAAGAUCUGGACUCAUAUGUACUGAGCCCGUCCCCAAAGAGUGUCAUGACGGCCAUGGUGAAUUUGGAUUCUCAGGUACUCAUCAAGGAACUAGAGACAGCCUCUCAUGAAGCAAAAGAAGAGCUGAAAGACUAUCUGUCUCGUCUGGAUUCUCUCUCAGUCAGCGAGAAAGAUCUACUUUCACAGCUGCCUCUGUUUCAAACUAUGGAGGGACGCUGUGUUGCAGCCCGAUCCAAACAGGCUGUGCUUCUUAUUUCUGGUCUGACAAUACCAACUGAGUUCCCCAUGCCCGAUUCAGUUGUAAAGUGUGCAACUGAAGCUGAUCGCAGACUGUUUCAGCUGCUCAAAACCAGUCUAUUAGACACAGCCGAGGCAACAAAUCUUCUCAUUGACAGUAUUGAGAGGGGACCCUGCAGAAAAGAAGAAACACAGAAAAUCAUGGCCUGGGUUUUGCAGCAUGGUGAUAUCCUUUUCUCUCAGAAUCAGACCUUGAAGAGAAGAUGCAAGGACUUGAACUUCAUUGAAGUGAAUGGAGCCCUGAAAAAGACCUCAAGCUUUUUAGAUCCAAGGAUUCAAACUUUCAAGGAACUCUUUGAUUCAGACUUCUUCCCACCACCUUUCUAUACUCACACGCUGCAGAUGCUCAAAAGUCUAACAGAUCUUGGAUUGCUAACUAAAGAAGCAGACUUGUCACCUGAUCACUUGAUUCAUGCUGCCAAACUGAUUGAGAAACAGCAGGUCAAUUCCCAAGCAGAGGCUCUCAGAAAAGCUCAGGUCCUCUUGAAGAUGCUGGAUACCAAUAACCUACUUUCAAAGUUUUCCCAAGAACAACUUAACUGCCUCAAAAUGCUCAAAUGGGUACCAGGCACAAAACCUGAUGAUGACAGAAACAACUACAAUGACAAAUCCCUCAGAAGUUGUUUCUUCUGUCCAGAUGAAAUGAGACAUUCUAUGUAUGAGGACAUUGUUGGACUUGUAAUGCCUCUAGUGAGAGAGUUCAGCGACAGAGUAAGCAGCAUAUUCGGACUGAAACGUCUCCCCCCACCUGGAAAGGUAUUGGAGAAUUUGAAGGUCUUGACAUCGAAAGCAGAGACAAUGGAUGAUCCUGACACAAACGUGGAUUUCAAAAAAAAGCUGCACAGCAUUUACAAACACAUGCAAGACCACUUAUCAGAAUUUACAAAGAUAAUGAACAAGGACACAUGCUGGCUUUGGUGCCGCAACCAGUUUGUCUCACCUCAGGAUCUGGUUCUGGACUACCCAGCUAAUCUAGAUUUGAGCUCUUACAUGGGGAAGGUGCCAAGUGAAUUCCUGCCCUACAAGAAGUUGCUCCAGCAGUUUGGACUAAAAACAUUUCUUUCAGAUGAAGAAAUUGUCGGCAUUCUUCAUUCAAUCCAGCAAACAACUGAAGGGAGGCAACAGCCCCUUGCAAGUUCCUCUGAAGUAAAAGUGACAAUAGAAAUUCUUAACUGGCUUUGGAGAGAGAAGAAGACUAUUGUCGAUGACAUCCCAGUGCCAGUCUUGACAGAGGGUGAACAAUACACUCUCAAGUCCUCAUCAGCAGCUGUCUUCUGUGAUGUAAGUAAACAUGGGUUGAAAGAUCUUCAGCACAGCCAGGAAGGAAUUUAUGUAAUUCAUGAGGAAAUCCCAAAAGCAACAGCAGAAUGGCUGAACAUCCGAUUUCUCAGUUCCUACAUCCUUGCUCCAGAACUGGUGGGAAUAGAACAGUGUGGACAAUCUGAACCUAUUACAACAAGGAUUAAAAACAUUCUCAAAGAGUAUGAUGAAGAAAGUGACGUCUUCAAAGAGCUCAUUCAAAAUGCUGAGGAUGCUGGAGCAGAAGAUUGUAAGUUCUUGGUGGAUUUCCGAGUGCACAAAGAUGAUCCUAACAGCCUCAUUGACCCUGACAUGGCUCUUUGUCAGGGUCCUUGUCUUUGGGCAUUCAAUGAUGAGCAGUUCUCAGCAGAAGACUGGGAAAACGUUGUAAGGGUUGGCUCUGCCUCAAAGGAAGACAAGGUGGAAAAAAUUGGAAAGUUUGGACUUGGAUUCAACACUGUGUAUCAUGUGACUGAUAUUCCUUCCAUUCUCAGUGGCAAUCAUCUUCUCAUACUUGACCCCAAUGUGACUCACCUCAAGAAACACAUCAAACAUAAGACAAACCCAGGAAUCAAACUUGAUCUUUCUCAGCAACGACUUUUCCGCUGGUUUCCCGGCCAGUUUGGGCCAUAUGAAGGACUCUUUGGCUGUGACUUCACCAAACAAAGUCUCUCUGAGCCCUAUCCAGGCACUCUGAUCAAGCUACCCUUCAGAUCUGACGAGGAGGCUCUCAAGUCAGAGAUAAGCUCAAGGGUGUACUACAGAGACAACAUUGUCACUUUUCAACAGGAGUUCACCAGGAAUUCAAAAACUCAUUUGCUUUUUCUGAAGAACGUCAAUACAUUGUCUCUACAAAGCAUUGCUCACGAUGUACCAACUCCACCAAGAAAUGAUGACAUAAAAACAGUGCUCAAUCUCUCCAAAACCACUUUGAUAACAACAACUGUUCCUGAUAAGACCAGUGAGUCCAAGCAGCUCCAAUCUGAAAAAUCGUUGAAGACACUCAAUGGAAAAUGCAGAGAGGUUAUUGACUGCUGCAAAGUUAGCAUUGUCCAAAUAACAAGUGAGCAAUCUGGUGUCAUCCAAGCCCAGUCAUGGCUUCUGUAUAACUGUUUUGGAACACAUCAGUCUUUGCAAAUGGCCUUGCAGGGAAACAAACAGGCAAAGUUCUCUCUACCCAUUGGAGGAGUUGCAGUGCCUUUGCAAAAUGAUCCAGAAACAGGAAAACUAGCUCCACAACAAACAGAUCUAGUUGGACAAGCAUUUUGCUUCCUUCCUCUGUCCAUUCAAACAGGUCUUCCAGUCAAUGUAAACGGCACAUUUGCUGUGACAAGCAACAGAAAAGGUCUGUGGGAGAGUGGAGUAAAACAUGACUGGAACAAAGCCCUCCUCCAGGAUCCUGCAGUGACAGCGUAUGUUACUGCACUCCAGGUACUAAAGAAGAUGUCUGAAAACCAACAACUGGAAAAGUACCAAUAUUACACCUUUUGGCCUGAUAGGGAGAGAGUAAAUGAAACAUUCAAGCCUUUGGUGGAUGCAUUUUACAGUACCAUUGCUCAGCCCUCCACUGGUCCAGAACUCUUUAGUGAUGGAGAGUGCUGGUGCUCAAUGAACAAUGCUAUAUUUCUACAUGAGAGCAUUGAAGAGGACAAAGACAUCUGCAAACUUGCCGUGCAGGUGUGCAGGAAAAAUGCAAAAGCAACUGACCACGUUAUUUCUCUUCCAUUGUGGUUAAGAAAUAGCUUCAGACAGGCUGGCCUGGAAAGGAUCCUGCAGAACAGAACAUGGACGUGGGAGAAGUUUUACCAAGAAGCGGUGUUUAACAACCUUGAUACCAUGGAUCCAAAAAGUAGAGAUGCUCUUGUGCUGCAUGCCAUUGACCUAAACAUCAAAGAAAUUGACAAUCUCCUGGUGCAUUAUCCAUGCAUCCCCACAAAAGGCAACCAACUACAGUAUAUCACAAAACUUGUGAAUCCAUCUGGGAAAGCAGCCUGCCUUUUUGAACCAGAGGAGGGACGCUUGCUUGGUGGUACCAGUAAGGACUUUUGUUCUCCUAAAAGGAUUCAACGCUUGUUGGAACUUGGAAUGGCGAAUGAUAGUCUACCUUUGAAAGACAUUGCAGAGAAGGCAAGUGACAUCACCAAGACCUGGAGCACUGACAGAAAGAAAGCAUAUGGACAUUUAAAGUGCCUCCUUGAGCUCAUGAAGAAUCACAUGUAUGAUGAAGAUGCCACCCACUGGGAAACACUAAGGAUGACUGAGUUUCUUCCAGCAUUUUCUCCUGCUGAUACAAUGAAGAAAAGAAAAGAAGGAAAGACUAUCACACUCAGGAAGCCCACUGAUAUUUUCAGUGACAACUGCCUCCUUCUUGUUAACUUGAAACAACCCGUGCUGGAUCAUGCCAAUCUUAAGAUACACCACACUGAUCCUGUUCUGCAAAUGUUGGGAGUUCAUGACAGUCCAAGCAUAGAGGAAGUGUUUCAGCAGCUGCAAGAGGCAUUUAAGCAAUCCAAAUCCACCAAUGGAUCAAUGCUUCAGGAAAUAGCAGAUGAAUGCUACAAGUUUCUUGAUCAGAAGCUCAGUGGUUCUGGGGAUUCCAGCUUCAUUUCACAGAGAGCAAACUCAUUUCCCUUCAUUCUUGUGGGCAGCACAUUUGUGAAUGUGAACCGAGUGGCAGAAAAUGAGCAGUUUGAAGCAAAACCCUAUCUUUAUGUACUUCCGCCUGCCUAUAGUUUCUAUAGGAGGCUCUGGGAAAAUGUGGGUGUCGCAAAAAACUUUACACUCAGUCAGUUUGAAACUGUGCUUCAGGAAUUGCACUCUCAACAUGGCACCAAACCCCUUCCAAAGAGUGAUCUAUCGAUUUGCCUCACAAUUUUGAACAACGGGAUCUAUGAGGCCCAAGAGAAAACAAAAAAGGACUUUCUGAUACCAAAUGAACAUGGUGUAUUACAGCGUGCCAGUGAGUUGUUUUACAAUGACAGCCCAUGGUUGCCAGAAGUGGCUGCAGGUGUCACAUUAUGUCACAAGAACAUCUCACGUCCAAUGGCACGCCACUUUGGAAUCAAAACAACUAGGCAUCACACCCUGAAGAACUGCACUGUUGAGGACAUCUCACCAUUUGCCUUUCAUUUUGAACAGCAUGAACAACUAACCGUUCGUAUUAAGAACAUCAUUUCAGCCUAUCCAGCAAAAAAGGAUAUCCUUAAAGAGCUUAUCCAAAAUGCUGAUGAUGCAGAGGCAACAGAAAUCCAUUUUGUUUGGGAUAAACGGCAUCAUAGCAAAGAUAAGACAUUUGGGAAGAGAUGGAAUAAUCUGCAAGGCCCGGCACUGUGUGUGUUCAACAACAAGGUGUUUUCUGAUGCUGACCUGAAAGGCAUUCAACAGUUGGGAGAGGGAGGAAAGCACGACUCUCUAGGAAAGACAGGGAAAUAUGGGGUUGGAUUUAACUCUGUGUACCAUCUUACUGACUGCCCCUCAAUCCUCACUGCAGACGAAAAACUCUGCGUUUCUGAUCCAAAUCAAAAAUUCAUCGAAAGUUACUCAGACAAACCACCAGCUGGCACUGGCUACAGAUUAAAUGACACCUUUAAGAGUAUGUACAUGGACGUCUACAAAUCAUUUCUACCAGAAAAGUUUCCUCUUAAGGAAGGAACCAUGUUCAGGUUACCUCUAAGGAUGGGUGUGAUGGCAAACAACUCUAACAUUUCCAAGCAGGGAGUCACUGACCAGGACAUGAAAGAACUAUGCUCCGUCCUCUCUGAAGAUCCUGAAGGACUCAUUCUGUUUCUGAAAAACAUCUGCAAAAUACAAGUCCAUAAAAUCGAUGAACAUUCAGAGAAACUGACAACCAUUUUCACAGUUGAAAAAAGUCUGCCACAGAGUAGCAAAGAGGAGAAAGAUGCCUUUGUAAAACUCAGACUAAAUGCACUGCAGUCAAACAAACCAUCAUCACCACACACAGCUGUUUAUGGAACUGUGAUCUCAACCUCAGACAAACGACAAAGUAAGUGGAUCAUUGCUGAGCAGUUUGGUUCCCUCAAAAACUGUGGGGGGAAAGCAGAAACAGAGAAGCUUCCUGAAGCAGCAGUAGCAGCUCGCGUGAGCUGUAAGCUUGGCCAGAGGUCAUUUAUUCCACCAUCCAGCCGUGAAGACUUUGUUGGAGAAGCCUUUUGUUCACUUCCUUUGCCAGGGAAAACUAGACUGCCAGUGCAUGUCAAUGCAAACUUUGAGGUAGAUUCUGCCAGAAGAAGCCUAUGGAAAGAAGAUGGUCAAAGUAAAAAAUCCAACUGGAAUGAGUCUUUAAAGCAAAAUGUCAUUGCACCACUGUAUGCAGAUCUUCUACAUUACAUGACCCGCAAGUUUGCUGGUAAGAAAGUUCCACAAACAGACUUGGAGACUUUCUUCAGCAGCUUGUUCCUGUGUUUUUGGCCGUCUGUGUCCAAGGAUGUUGCUCAGGAGUGGCAUGAAAUGGUCCAUGAAGUAUACAGAUCAAUCAAAGAAAAAGGCCUCCCAGUGAUUCCAGUGUUAAGGAGCUCAAUACGUACAACUGCAGAACGAAAAAUUCAGGAAUACUCUUUUGACUGGUGUGAUGUGAGAGCAACUGAACCAACCAAGGCACUGUAUAUGACACACUCAGUGUAUGAUAAGAUGCAUCCAAUUUUGGAAGGACUUGGGAUGGCAUUGGUUCCCUUUUCCAUGGCAAUGCAGAAAGUUUGGAAAGGUUUCAGAGCUGCUGGCAUUGAAGUGAAAGAUGUGAAUCCUUCAACUGUGCAGACUUUCCUAAGACAGAAACCGCUCAAUGACCCAGCCAUGACAGACAAGAACUUACCCCUGCCCAUAACUUCCACCCUGAUAAGGGAUGAAAAAAGCUGUUCAGAGCUUCUCAGUUUCUGCUUGAGCGAUAUCCACUUAAAUGUAUCCAAGAACAAUUCUGGUUUACUGAAUGGGCUCCCACUUCUCCUUACAAAAGACAAAGUUUUGAGAGUGUUUAACUCUGAGUCCCCAAAACUGAUAUCAAGAUAUGACCGCCUGUUCUCUGGAAAUGAGGACAAAUUUGCAGAUUAUCAUACCAACGGAGGCCAUGUUCAGGUUCUGCAAAAUUUGAAGCUUGUUGAAAGUUUGACUGUUUCCCGUGCAGCAGAAUUUCUGAAGCCUGUAAUUAAGCAGAAACUCCAGACAUGCAAAAUUGAACCAACCACGGGCCUCCAUAUCCCAAAUGAGAAAAUGUUGAAGUGGUUGAAACCUCUUUGGAUGUUCUUAACAAGCAACAUCCAAGCUGCAACAUCAAACAGUGAUAACCAGUCGAAAUCAAGUGUGACAAUGAGUGAUGUGAAGACGCACUUCAACGACUGCUGUAUUCUUCCUGUGGUGUGUCCAAGGUUAGACAACAAGCACUUACUGCAAACAAUGAAAGACAUGCCAAGUGUGAUUCAGUUUGCCUUGGACAGAGACAUCUCAGGCAUUCUCUUUAAACUGGGGUUUCUGAAGCUUGACAGUGUAUUCUUGUCUGAUACACUUCAAAUACAGGGACGCACUCUUCUAAACCCUGAACUCUUGGAUGUGAAUGACAAAAGCUCUGUGUUAGACCAGGUCUACAAAGUGAAACACAAUGAGUUUUCCCAGCUUUCCUCUGAUGACAUGAAAGAGCUUCAGAAUUUCCUGCUGUCUGGAGUUUCCAAGUCAAAAGACAAACAAGACUAUCAGAGAAAACUGAAAUCUCUACCAAUAUUUGAAACAAUAGAUGGUAGCAGAGUGAGGAUCGAUGGACACAAAGAGGUGUUCAUCCUCAACAGCAUACAUUCAAGAUUAUUUCCUGACUUGUUUCUUUUGCACAACAGCAACAGCAUUUGUCUUCAAAACAGUCCAGAGAAUCUGAUGCUAACACACACACUGAACAUCCAAACCAUGAAUGACUUGGAGUAUUUCAUGAAGUUCAUCCUGCCUGUUGUACACACAUUCACAGAGAGGCUGAUGAUUCAAUGCCUCAAGCUGCUGUUGUCACCUCCGCUCAAUUUCAGCUAUUUUCAGGAUAGGGACCAAGUCAUCUUCUCAUUGAAAUCAGUGAAGCUGAUUCGCAACUCUCAAGGCAAUUUGGAGAAAGCAUCAUACUACUUUGAUGAUAGUGUUGAGCUGUACAAGAAGAUGUUGCCCCAAGAAAGAUUCAUUCCUGAAAAUUUUUGGACUGAGCUGUGUGAUGGAAAUUACACAAUAAGAGAGCAAACAAAACAGCUACUCAGAGAACUUGGGAUGAAGCAUGUUGUGACGGGCGAUGACAUUGUAAAGUUUGCUAACCAGAUUGAAUCAGAGGCAAAGGGAAGUGGUCCAUUGGAUGAGUUAAAAAAGAAAUCAUCAUUACUCUUCAGAGAAGCCUGUUCCAUUGUGAGUAAAGACAAAAACAAAGAGGGAAAUUUGCUGGAGAGCAUAGCUGACACCAAGUUCAUAUUUCCAGUGAAAAUCAGAAAGGAUCUGUGCAGCUAUCAUGGACCAUUUGCUGCUGAGGGAACUGCUGUGAAAAUCAGAGGAUCAUUGUUGGAAAGUGAUCCCAAGCAUCAGGACCUGAUUUGGUCAUCGAUGCCUAUCAUACAUCUGCCAUUCAGGAUGCAAAAUCUCCUCAAACAGAUAAAAAAUGCAGGAGCUCAUGAAGAACCACCCUCACAAUGUGUUACCAGUAACAUGAGCAAUAUAUGUCAGUCACCCUGUAAAAAUGCGGCCCUGAUUGAAACUCGUGCCAGUGUGUUUCGAAGUUCAUAUGCAUACCUACAAGGAACCCAGUUCAAAGGCAAAGAACUGGCUGGUUUUCCUGUUGUGUUGGUUGAAAAUGACACAAAACUUGUAAGAGCUGAUGAUGCAGCCUUUUCAUUCUCCGAUCACCUUGAGUUCAGGCCAUAUUUGUUCAAAAUUUCUCCACAGGAUGUUAAGUUUGAAGUGUUCUUCAAGUCAGUUGGUGUAAAUGAGCAACCCACUGCACAGCAGUACAGCAAUGUCCUGGCAGCUGUUCAUGCAGACUCCCAUGAUAAACCUGAUCUACAGCCAAACCAACGGAAAACUGUGAAACGUGCUGUUCAGCAGCUUUUUCAGUUAGUUAAGUCUCAAAAGCAACCCCUUCUUAAUGAUGUAAAGAUGUUGUACCUCCCUGCAGUUGAUGGCAAACUGUAUCCAUUGUGUGACCUCUACUACAAUGACACUGUGUUUGAGACCAAAAGGUUAGAAGCAGCACUGGUGGACAAGUUCCUCUUGCUUGAGAACCUCAGUGAAUGCUAUUUGGGUCGUGACAUCUACGCUCAUUAUAGGUUGCUGCAGUUGCUGCCUCCAAAAUUUCAGCCAAAAAUGCUGUCCAAAUAUACAGAGGAGAAAAUAGUAGAAUCAACCUUGCAGCCUUGUAAGUUUGGAACUGAGUGUGGAUUCAGGGAAUGGUUUGAGAAACAUCUCUCUUCUAAGAUGUUAACACAUGGACUGAUUUGUCUCAUCCGAGAGCACUCCAAGGGAGACAUAACAGAAGAAGAUGCUGACGACAUGUGCAAAAAGGCUUUUGGCUGUAUUCAAAUCCUCUGCUGCAAAAGACUGGAAACACAGCUCUGGGUGGAUCAACAGCCUCUACCACAAACUGCAGCUGAAACAGACGUUUUAGUUAAACAAGAGCAACAGGGGUGUCUCUUUUACUUAAAACACAACAAUGAUGUGCAACUCAAGGUGCUAAAUGACAUCAUCACAACAUUGUCACAGGAGAUGAAUGCAAUUUUAGGGAACAAAAUUUCAUUGAAUCAUCUCCCAGUCCUUGGACAACUUCUUCUGUGUGACACUAUGCGAGACGUCCAGAAAACUCUGGCCAAGAAUGGGAUUCAUGACAGUGCCAAAACUAAAAGUGCCCUCCUUGACCCCCCACGUCCUGGGACAUUUAUUCCUGAUAAAUGGCAUGACUCCUUGGACCAGAACAUCCUCAAUAACUUUGAAGAGGGGGAAUAUGUUGGCUAUAGCACAGGGGACCGGUAUAUUUAUGCUGUCAUUGUGGAAGAACUGCCUGGUCACUCUGGGCAAUAUUCACGACGAUACAGAAUAGAUAUUGGAGAAGAUGUGCCAGUUGAAGUCAGCUGUCUUGACCUAUUCCAGUUCAAACGUCCAACAAAGCCAGAAUCUAAAGGGACCACAAGCACACCUGCAGGAGCUUCUUGCAUGGAGUUGGAGCCUCUAGCUGGAGCAGUGCCACAUUCUAAUCAGUCAGCUUCAAAGCCUUCAUCUUCUUCAUCCUUACCAACCUCUCUUGAUGAAGCCAAAGAAGAUAUUGACAGAUGUUUGGAAGAGAUCUGGACUCUUCCUGAGGAGGAAAAGCAGAAAGCCAUCAAACGUCUGUACCUGAGAUGGCACCCUGACAAAAACCCAGACUGCCAGUUGCUCGCUACUGAGGCAUUCAAAUACCUGAUGAAUAGACUUACCGAGCCCACCAAAGGCAAAGGUACUCAGAAAACUGGAGGAUCAUCCUAUCCAAGGAGCAGCUCAAAUUUCAGAUACUCAGAUUUCAGCGGUUUCUAUCAGCAGUGGAAUCAAGAGGCCAGACGUCACAGGGAUGGCCGGGAGAAUUUCUCCAGACGUAACCGCUCCUACAACUUUUGGACCCAUAAUGAAAAUGUCCCAAGGCCAAACAAAGAGGAGGCCAAGCGUUGGUGUAAACAGGCCCGCUGUGAUCUUGAUGCAGCUCAGAAAGACGUUGGUGGUGGGAGCACUGAGUGGUGUCUAUUUAAAGUCCAUCAGGCAGUGGAAAAGUCUCUUACAGCUGCAGAGUAUAAAAGGCAUGGUGAACAUCCUUCUUGCACCUCCAUUUCAGCCAUGGCAGAGCAAGUUUCUCUGUACAAUGCCCAGCUGAAAGAUUUGCCUCAAAUUGUUGAUAGACUGAUUAUGCUUGGAGUGGAUGCUAAAAAGACUCAGUAUCCCAACUGCCACCGAUUUCCUCAUAUUCCAAACGGCCAGUUCAAAUCAGAAAAUGAAAUCCUGGCAAUCAACGAGGCAUCUAAGCUUCUCACUAAAGUGGAGGGGUAUGUGAAUUAGAGAUGCAAGACAGUCAGGCGUGUUGUGUUCUUUGUAAGGUUUUUUUUUUUUGUUGUUUUUUUUUUUUAAUUAAUAUUCAGUACUUAUCUGGCACUAGUCUCUGAAAGGGCGACUCACAUCACCUUUAUAUAAUACAAGACAAGAAUGUAAGUGUAAAAUGGUUUUUUGUAAAGUUGAUUUCAUAUGUUAAAAAUGUGCUGACUAAUGACCAACAUGAUGAGUACUGAACAUCUAUAUGUAAAUUCUCUAUGUAACCUUUCUUAUGCACAAUGUGACUAUUUCUAAGAAGCUACACACUGAUGUUGACUUCCUGGUAAUUGAAAUGUAUCCUUAAUAAUAACUUCAUUUUACAUGUUUUUUUUUCUUUCUUUUUCUUAGUUUGUAAGACUCAAGUGAUGAUAACUACAUUGUUAUUGGAAGUACUCAAUUUAAAACCCUUUAAUGUGCUUGAUGGCAUCACAUGUAAGUUCUUACUGCUGUUUAAGAUGAUAAUUGACUUUGAUAUGAAAAACCAAGCUCAGAGGUUUCUGUGUUUUACAUGAUUGCUGUCACUAAUGACCAUUACAUUCAGGAUGUGUGAUGUUGAAUGCGUUAUGUUCUUUUCUCUCAGAUAUACGGUAUAACUGUUGAUUAGUUAAAAGUUGUUGUUGUUAAAAGUUGAUUUUUUUUCCUCAGGAUCACUACAUUGUUGAAGGUAAAUAUACUCACAGUUCCUUUUUCUACUGCAAAUGAAUGUUUUUUUUUUGUUGUUGUUGUUUUUUUUAUUCAGCUUCAUGACUAAAUUCAGAGUCAUUCCUAUUUGGUUGGAUACUGUUUACUUAAAGUAAGGAUCCAAUUUAUGUUUGUUUUUGUUUUUUUUUAAUUGUGUUGACUGUUUUCUUGUCCAGAUUUAGGGGUAUGCUUGUGGUCUAAAAAACUGUGAUGGAGAUUCCCAAGACUGGCAAACAUUAACCAGUCCUUGUAUUUGGUUUACUUAGAUCCAGCAGAACUGGACAUCUAUGAGCACUUUUCCACCGACCACGUAUUUUUCUGUUUCUAAACAAGUUCUUAUACUGUUUAAGUGGUUAUACAUGUUUUCUUUUGCUAAAUAUAUUGCAAAGAUUGCAAUUAAGGUUACUAUCACAUGCAUCUACCAUGCCAUGUACAUGAUACAUUAAUAAAGUCAGUGAAC